UUCUGAUGGACGCACACUGAACCCGCAUUAAAGGUGAAUGACCAGCACCUGGACCAGGACCAGGACCAGGACCAGGACCAGGAGCUGGACCAGGAUCAGGAGCAGGAGCGGAGCAGGGAGUCAGGGCUCUGCUGCAGGUCUGGUUUCUGGGAGUUUGGAUCAGAACCCGGAUCAUGGGUCUGUAGGGGGGUGGAGGAGACUUUCUGGGAACUUUUUCUUUAGGUCUCCAUGGAGACUGGAGUCUUCAUCAGCUGAGGAGCUGAUCACUCUCUGAUCCAGAACCCGUCCUCUGUGUUGAUCCCGAUCAGAUGGCUGCGCUGCUGCUGCUGCUGCUGCUGGCGCUGUGGACCAGCGGACCGGCCAAGAGCGCGUUCCCGCUGCGGCCCUCCUACAGCCUCUACACCAGCGGGAGCGCGCACGGAGCUCGCGCUGCCAGCAGACACAGGAACUGGUGUGCGUUCGUGGUGACAAAGACGGUGAGCUGUGUGGUCGAGGACGGAGUGGAGGCCUAUGUGAAGCCUGAUUAUCAUCCCUGCAGCUGGGGGAGCGGACAGUGCAGCAGGGUGGUGGCCUACCGGACCUACAUGAGGCCGCGGUACAAAGUGGCCUACAAGAUGGUGACGGACAUGGAGUGGAAGUGUUGCCACGGUUACAGUGGAGAGGACUGCAAUGUCGGUCCAGUCGGAGGGGCGGGAACCCAGAUUUCCACCACCAGAUCUCAGCCCAGAACGGGGGGACAGGGAGGAGGGACGAGCUAUGGACAGGGGGAGGGGGGGGGAGGUCAGGGAGGGACGAGCUAUGGACAGGGGGGAGGAAGAGGAGGUCAGGGAGGAGGCAGCUCUGGAUCCGGACAGAGUGGAGGAAACAGUGGACGCCUUGAGAACGAGAAGAUGAGGCAGAUGGAGGAGAAGAUCCAGAGUUUGACCAAAAACCUCCAGGAUCUUCAGACCACCAUGAACGAACACAUUCAACAGGAAGUCAACAGACCGGGCUCCAGUGGAGGAGGAGGUGCCUCUUCAGGAGGAAGAAACCCUGCUGAUGCAGCUCAGCCGGAGAUUAAAGAGACGAUUCACAGCAUUCAGACCAAACUGGACCAGCUGGACAACCGCACACAGGCCCAUGAUAAAACCCUUGUCAGCAUCAACAACCACCUGGUGAACGGGAAGGGGAACGACCUGGAUGGAGGUCUGUCUGGAGGAGGACUGAGUGAAGGGAAGCUGAAUUCGCUGAAGGAGGAGAUCCUAAGGGAGUUGGAGAGGAGGGUGUCGCUGUCCUGCUCCUCCUGUCAGGCCGGUGUUGAGGAUCUGCGCAGACAGCAGCAGGAGGACAGGGAGAACAUUCGGGCUCUGGAGAAACAGCUAAAUGCCAUGGACGUCCGGCAUCGGCAGGGCCUGGACGGACUGCGGCAGGAGGUGGUGCGCUCGCAAGGCUGCUGCACCGCCGUCAGUGACCUCCAGAACCGCGUCACUGACGCCGAGCGCAAGAUCAGUUCAGCCUCAGAGAACUUUGACGUUCUGCAGAACCGUCUGGACAAGGAGCUCAGCGGAAGAGGUGGCAACAAUGAGAACGUGGGCUUUGGAGGAGGAGGGUUCGGCGGUGGUGCUGGUGGUGGUGGAAUCGGGGGAGGUGGGAGGGAUGUUGUGGUGACGGAGGACAGACUGGACAAUCGGCUGAGGGACCUGGAGUGGCGUAUCAACAGCACCGUGCAGCGGACCGAGCAGAGCUGCUCUUACCUAGAGAACGACCUGAAGGACUACUUCCACCGAGAGCUGGGGGACCUGAGGACGGUGUUCCUGGACCGGUUCGAUGACCAGGCCUUCAGGAUCUCAGACGUGGAGCUGGACGUGGGGCUGGUGAAGGACGGGGUGAGCGGCCACGAUAAGAGGCUGUCGAAGCUGGAGAACGACACCUCCCUCAUCAGGCGGAGGCUGGAGGAGUGCAGCUGUGGAGGCUCUGAAGGAGGAGGAGGAAGAGCAGGUGGUGACAGUGGAGAUGGAGGAGGAAGAUGGGGAGCAGGUGGAGAUGGAGGAGGAUCUACAGGAGGUGGAUCUACAGGAGUUGGAUCUACAGGAGGUGGAUCUACAGGAGGAGGAUCUACGGGAGUUGGAUCUACAGGAGGAGGAUCUACAGGAAAUGGAUCUACAGGAGGAGGAUCUACAGGAGGUGGAUCUACAGGAGGAGGAUCUACAGGAGGUGGAUCUACAGGAGGAGGAUCUACAGGAGGUGGAUCAACAGGAGGAGGAUCUACAGGAGGUGGAUCUACAGGAGGAGGAUCUACAGGAGGAGGAUCUACAGGAGGUGGAUCAACAGGAGGAGGAUCUACAGGAGGUGGAUCAACAGGAGGAGGAUCUACAGGAGGAGGGUUAUCUGGGACAGGAGGACAAAGAGAAGGUACAACAGAAAAAUCACUGGAGUGGAGAGUCGUCGCCAACGAGGAUCACAUCCGACACUUUAACACUCAACUCAAAAAUCUGUCGGUGUCUGGAGACUCUCUGCUCGUCAAGGUGGUGGACCUGAGCCAGGAUGUCAGUAAGAUCAAGGCGCUGACGGGGGAUCACGGCGAACACUUCAACCGGAUCGUGACGGAGGUGGAGAUGCUGGGGCAGGACUGCGAGUUGUGCGGAAAGGUGGAGGAGGAGCUGCACAAGCUAAAGAAUCAUACCCACGAUGCACUGGGGCGCAUGCAGAGCCACAUCAACAAACUCCAGAUCAGACUGGACUCGGGGAAAGAAGGCUGCUUCCAGAUGUGCUCACAGCUGGAGGACGAGGUCCGUCUGCUAAGAGAUGAUGUCAGGAGGUGCACAGGCCAAUGUAAGACCAGCCCGGACACGCCCACAGGUGGUGGUUCUGGUGGUUCUGGUGGCUCCGGUGGCUCCGGUGGCUCCGGUGGCUCCGGUGGAACCAGCGGACGUGGACCUGGGUUGGAUGCUGAGAAGCCUUUAGACGGCCACAGUGUGAUCGGAGGCUCCAUCAACAACAACCAGCUGAAGACGCUGCAGGGCGAGUUGUCCGAGGUCAUCCUCACCUUCAGCUCCAUCAACGACACCCUGAAGGGGCUCGAACACACGGUGCAGAAACACGGCAGCGUCAUCACGGACCUCGGAAACACGAAGGACAAGAUCAUCUCUGAGCUGGACAAAAUCCAGCAGGAGGUGACCGAGCACAUCGAGGAGAGCCGCGACCGCCUGGACGCCGUGGACGGGGAUGUCCGGCGGUUCGAGAGCACGGUCCUGGUGGAGAUGGGAGACUGUAAGAGGUCUGGAGACGGUCUGGAGAAGAGGCUGUCAAAGCUGGAGGGAGUCUGCGGGAGGCUGGACGGUGUCUCCGACUCCAUCCUCAAGAUCAAAGAAGGACUGAACCGACACGUGUCCAGUUUGUGGACGUGUGUUUCUGGUCUCAACGAGUCGGUCGUCCAUCACGGAGGAAUGAUGGACUUCAUUCAGAAGAACCAGGACGACGUCUACAGCAGGAUGAAGAACCUGAACUCCAGCCUGAUCCAGGUCCUCAAAGACGUGCAGAGUUACUCCGAGCACGACCGCACAGCCCUGCCCGGACCCCAAGGACCCCAAGGAGAGAGAGGCUUCAACGGGCUGCCGGGUCUCCAAGGGCCUCUCGGUCCUCCUGGCCAACCAGGAGAAAGUGGAGUACGAGGUCUGCCUGGUCCUAAAGGUGAAACAGGUGUGCCUGGUGGCGACGCUCACGUUCCCAGACUGUCGUUCUCGGCUGCUCUCACCGUUCCCAUGGAGAGAGCUGGAACCAUCCUGUUUGACAAGAUCUUUGUCAAUGAAGGAGACUUCUACGACCCGAGAACAGGUAUCUUCACCGCCCCCGUCGAUGGACGUUACUUCUUCAGUGCCAUCCUGACGGGUCAUAGGAAUGAGAAGAUCGAGGCGGUUCUGUCCAAGUCCAACUACGGCAUGGCCCGGGUGGACUCCGGAGGCUACCAGCCUGAGGGCCUGGAGAACAACCCCGUGGCCGAGGCUAAAGCCACUCCGGGAUCUCUGGCCGUCUUCAACAUCAUCCUGCCUCUGCAGACCCGGGACACGGUCUGCAUCGACCUGGUGAUGGGCAAACUGGCCCACUCUGUGGAGCCGCUCACCAUCUUCAACGGCAUGCUGCUGUAUGAAGACAUGUGACGGGGCUCACGCUGAGGCCAGCAAACCCCGUACGUCGCCGUUUAAGAUACAUGACAAACCCACAGGAGGCUGCACCAGGAAGUACGAUGUCGCCUCCUCAUUCAAGAGUGAUCCUCAAAGGAUGACGGAAUAUUUUAAAAGAACCUUCAGUCCUGAACACAUUUCUGUCUCCAUAUUCUAACAGACCACAGAUUGACAGAUGGACUGGUUUUAUUUUAUUAUUCUAAAGAAUGUUUAUGUCACUUCACAUGUGGACGACAGCAGGGGCUGAGUUAGCGUCUAACUGCUUUAAUCCAGUCAGCUGAUCUGAUGUGGUCACAUGAUCUAACCUCAGAGCAGCACUGUGAGGACAGAUGUCCCUGUAAACCAGGAUCAGCUGAUGCCUGGCAGACCUGGAAAUCUGUUAUUGAUUAUCUGACUGGUCAAUGUUGAAAUAUGUGAAUUUAGACCAAGGUGUUGGACGGACAGAUGGACGCUCACUGCCGUCCUUAAGCCCCGCCCCCGGCACAUCAGACGUUGUCAUGUCAUGUGACAAUGUGAUGAAAAUGUGAUGAAAAGUCUUUGCUCUGAAGCUUUAUAAAAGCAGAAUGUGUUUUCAGUUUGAUUUUAUGAGUUCACAUUGAGAAUGUUUUAUAUUAAGCUGCAGCUUUUCCUGUUUACUGGUGUUUUUAUGUGCUGCCAAGUAUUUAAACCAUUAACAUUUAAUUUCACUUUAAUGGAUAAAUGCUAAAAGACAAGGCUGGAAAAACUACAUUUUCUUACUGUCAACAAAUCACAUUGAAAGUCCAGUGGUGGAAGACAUAUUCAGAUCAUUUACUUAAGUAAGGUGGUAAAACCAAAAUCCUGCAUUCUAAAUGUUAUUUAAGUGAAAAUACUGUUGUACAAUAUAGUAGUUAAAGUAUUAAAAAUAAAAGUAUAAAAAUGGAGCUCUACGGCACAGAGGAAGAGGAUCUAUCAGCAGUUAAUACACUCAAUACUUAAUGGUUAAUGGAUACACUUCAUGGCUGGAUUAGUGAACGGGUCUACCGAGAACAGGUCCAGGGGUCCAAAAGAGCCGUCAGGAUAAAGACAAAACAACCAUAAAGAGACACAAAAAGACUACAAAGAGUCUCACGAUUAUGAAAAGGGUCAAAAUAACCAUAAAAAGACACAAAACGACUACAAAGAGACUCACUAGGACAUUGAAAAAGGUAAAAACAACCUUUAAGAAGUACAAAACGACUACAAAGAGACUCAUAAGGACAUUGGAAAGGGUAAAAACUACCUUUAAUGGACACAAAACAACUACAAAGGGACAGUAUAUGACUACAAAACAACUACAAAGGGACAGUAUAUGACUACAAAAAGACACAAAACAACUACAAAGAGACUUACUAGGACAUUGAAAAAGGUAAACACAACCUUUAAGAAGUACAAAACGACUACAAAGAGACUCACAUAGACUACAAAGAGAUGCAAAACAACUAUGAAUAGAAUCAUGAUUAUAAAUAAAGUCAAAACAACCAUAAAGAGACACAAAACAACUACAAAGAGACUCAUGAUUAUGAAAAGGGUCAAAAUAUCCAUAAAAAGACACAAAACAACUACAAAGAGACACACAAGGACAUCUGAAAAGGUAAAAACAACCUUAAAGAGACACACAACUUGUUUCCUCCUGUGUAGGAGAGUUUGAGGGGCUUAUUGUCUCAUAAUUCAACCACUGACGCAUUCACCGUCGGUUUAAUUCUGAACAUGUGAUUUAUUGAUGAAAACAUUAUUAUUCAGUAUCAUCAGACUUACUGUUCAAAGGGACAGUUCACCCAAAAAAUCACAAAUACACAAGAAGAAGGAUGUAAGCUUGCAUCUGUACCCGAUACCACUAAAUCACCUACCAACACAAGCUACUAGCGUUAGCAUUAAUGUUUAAUUUAAGGAUUAAAGUUUCUCUGCAGUGAUACAAUUCGCUGGAGUAAUUUGGAAGAAAGAACAUAUUUACUGCAUAAAACAAUAAAGUCUAUGGACUAUCCUGAGUAACCGGGUCCUGAUUUGUGAAAGGAAAAUUGCUGUUGAGUUUUUACAAAUGUGUCUUUUUUGGAGCUUUGGGCAACACAAGCCGAGUGCUUUAUAUAUCUCCAACAAUCUGCACCUCGCACCAAAACAAUCCAGGCUGAUAAAUAACACGACAGGUAGGAGGACAAAUGUGUACUUUUAGAUUUUGGGGUGAACUGUCCCUUUAAAACUGAUGUUAAACACAGACGAUUCAUCCGAUGUUUGUUUGGAGGAAAACUCUCGUUACUAUGACAACUUUUGUAUAUUUCAUUGUGUUCAUUGUGGACCGAGUGGAUUGAAUAAACGUUUUCCUCUGACAGGCUUUAGCUCCAGUUUUACAUUUGAAACCUGUUUUCACACUUCACACUUGUAUUGAUGAAUAAAUGUCACUGUCAUUAAAGUAAACACGAGUCUUCAAACCCA